AUGUCGACCGCUGAGGAUGAAGAGAAGGAGGACUUGAUGUUUCCGCUCACCAAGUACGGCCCAUGGCACACCGAGGCUCGACAGCAGUUCACGAAUGCCCUGACUAGUUCCACACUCCAUUAUACCACUGCAAGCCAGCUGAAGUCUCGUGAAACCGGAGGAGGUGGCUCCUCGAUCAACUGGGAAACCAAGGAUCAAGCAAUCCAGAGCAAGCUUUACAUCCACCUCGGCGGCGAUGGCGGUUGCCAGGAUGCCAGCCAGGGUCAAAUCCACUACGGCUUCCCCGAGCUGGUCCGAAUCCACCGCAGUCAAAUCCACCUCGGCCACACGCACGGCCGUGUCCGCGAGGGCCCCGGGGCCAGACGCGCAACUCACGAGGUCCAUGGGGUUCGCGUGGGGCUAGUGCUGGACGUCCACAAAAGCCAGCAUUUCCUUUCUCCCAAGCAUCUUCCUCCCCCUAUCCUCUACAACCUCCAAACACCAUACUCUUUCUCACGACCUUCGUCUCUAUUCAGUCGGCGCGGAAACUACGGUGUGUCGUACGAUGUUGUAGAUUUGGUCUUGACUUUGGAGUCCGGGUGGGGAGCAACCGUCGCCGUGGAAGUAUCAAUGGAGUAA